UUACAACAAAUCUUCUUCACAGCUGUGAUGAGUAGGUAAGGGGAGUUGUUAGCCUGGUUUAACUGACUAAUAGCAUCACGUGACCAACAUACAGCCCUCUGAUUGGUUUCCUUGUUCCACGUGAUAAAAUACAGCCCUCUGAUUGGUUAGUUUGUGUCACGUGAUAAGUGAUAUGGCGGAGGAAGCUAACCCGGAGACGACAGACUCCGUAAAAACGCACAUCAAUCAUCUGUUAUCAGAACUAGAGAGCAGUGAGACCCAGAUCACGCCCACAGUAAGAGCAGUUUACGAGGGAGGAUUUGAGAGUCAGUUUGCAGACUGUCUUACUGAUAGGAUCAGUAGUUUAGAUAAAGAUAUAGAGAUAAUGUGCAGCUAUCACUACCAGGGUUUUAUAGAUUGUGUUAACGAGCUACUGAAAGUACAGAACAUGGUUAAAGGACUACAAUCUGAUAUUUGUAACGUUGACACCAUGUUGUGUUCUAACAGCGCCGAACUUAUAGACUCCCACGAGUCUCUAAUAUCACAGCGACUAGAACUCAAGAACAUGGCCUCCACUAUACAGGCUAUAAAGCUGUGUAUACCUGUAUUGGAGAUGUACCAGAAGUUAAAGGAAGAAAUGCACAAUAAGAAUUACUACAGCGCUAUAAAGAUAUUAGGACACUUGGAGCACACUUACCUUCCCCCUAUCUCCUCCUACAGUUUCGCUAGCAUCAUGUCACAGCAGAUACCCAAAACUAGACAAACCAUCAAGGAGAUAUCCAGAUGUGAUCUUAAAGACUUCUUAAAAACUAUCAGGGAGAAAUCUCAAGAUAUUGGACUGAACGCUAUGUGGCAAAGUCAUCAGACCAUGAACACUGACAUUCCGAUAGAUCACAUCCUGGGGAGAAGACCUAAGAGUAUAGAGGACGGGCCACUAGACUUCCUAAACUUCGCUCCCAUUUACCGGUGCCUGCAUAUCUACUCCAUCAUUGGAGAAAAGGAGGACUUUGCCAAGGAGUACCACGCGGACAGAAAGAAACAAGCUGAUCUUACUUUUAAAUUUGUGCCAAAGUUGGGGGACUCCUCCCAAGACUCAGACUCUUAUAAUGCGGAGUAUUUCUGUAAAGUUGUGGGCUUCUUUGUUAUAGAGAACACACUGUUACACACUACGCAAGGACUUGUUACUCACACUUCUAUUGAUGAACUAUGGAACCUCUUCUUGUCUUGUCUAGGUAACCUAGACCAGCUGCUUCUGAACAAGGAUGACCAGCCUCAACAACUACUAGACCUCAAGCUGCUUCUAGUUCUCUUCUGUCAGACUCUGGGCGGGUACGAGCUAAACGUUACCAAGUUAUAUAAGCUCCUUAUAAACCUGUACCAGAAGUACUGUGACAGUCUUCAGUCACUCUGGAAAACAAAGUUCAAGGAAGUUUUCGGUAAAGACAACUACUCUCCUCUCACAGUAGACUCAGAUGUACAACUCCAACAGUUAAUGGGUUGUGCUUAUCAAGCACUAGAUAGGACUGACAUGAAGUUCCCAGUACAUCUACCUUUCUCUAAACUAGUACCUGAAAUAUUCAUACUAAUGGAGGAGUACAUAGAGGCGUCGUUACAAUUCGCAACUCAUCUCGACCUGAGCCAGACUGAAGUAGACGAUCUAGUUAGGAAGUCUACAAACGAGCUUCUCACUAAAACACUGAACGAUUGUCUGAUAGAUCUAAUAAAAGAGAAGAACCUGGUACUAUCCCAGAUAGUACAAGUCAGCAUCAAUACUUCCUUCUUACAGCGCUACUCUCACUCUAUGGAAACGUUCGUAUCCUCUAAAACAGGAUGCACUGUGUCUAGUACUCAGGCUAAAGAUUUGUACGGACUGAAGAUGUUUGAUAAUGUUAAGGAGGAGGCUAAGAGACAGAUACACGUCAAGCUGACAGAGAAGAUAGACGAAUUCUUUGAACUGUCUCGCUACAACUGGAUGACUAGCGAAGUAAGAGAGUACCCUAGCGACUACAUAACCGACAUGUUGACCUACCUCAACAACAAGUUCAGAACCUUCACUCAACUAGAACAGAGCGUAGCUUGUGGAGCCUGUGAGGAAGCUGGUAAACACAUCGCUAACAAACUGUUGGAGAUAUUUCUAGAUCCCACCAUAACACAGAUGUCACGUGUAGCACUGGAUAUUCUAGAUCAGGACGUGAUCGCUUACGAGGGGUUCGCUCUGGAUGAGCCGGUGAAAGGUGUAAAGAAUAUAAACCUGCUGAUCCCAAUCCAGACACUCCGCAAUGUUAUAAACAUGAUAAAACAGUCCGACUAUGACAAGUAUAUAGCUGAGUUUAACCCGAGUAGUAGGAGCUCUAGUAACAUAGCACCUGAGGUGCUGGCUAGAGUACUAGAGAGGUUCCUGGAUAAAGAUAGCAAGAAGUUCUCUUUCAAGAGUUUCAGUAUGAACAAGAAUGAGAAGGAGAUGAACCAGCUGCUGGAGGCUGUUAUAAAGAAACUGAGAACACUGAACACCGGGGGAAGCGGGUCCAGCACUCCUACUAUGCUCGCUAGGAAGCUUUCUAGGAGCAAUCUCAACUUCUGAUUGGUUGGGCUGUGUCACGUGGGGCUGGUUCUGUUGUGAAUACUGGGCUCUGAUUGGUUGGACUGUGUCACGUGGUGCUUGUUCUAUUGUGAAUACUGGGCUCUGAUUGGUUGGGCUGUGUCACGUGGUGCUGGUUCUGUUGUGAAUACUGGGCUCUGAUUGGUUGGUUUCAAUUUCUGGAUUCAAUUCUUUAUAUAUGGUUGGGAUAAUUAUUUCCAAUUUUGUAAUUUUUCAAAUUUAAAAUUCUUUUAAUGAUGUCGUGUAGACAACAAUUCUGAUUUCGUUGAUUUUUGAGGGACAAUUUAAUUUGUGUUUUGCAGUGUAUAUUUAUUAUUGUACAAAAUAUAAAUUUUCAGGAACAGAAGCUAACAAUAUAGCCAUGAUAAAUGUUAGUUUUAAAAGAUGAAAAAUCACAUUGAUGACCUUUCGCUUUCAUGUUUGUUUUUUGUAAUAUAGACUAUUUUAUUUUUACAAAAAAA